UUCCUAAAAACAGACGGUGAGGCUCCGUCUUCACCACUUUACGCCGACGGAAAAAAAUCAAACCUUCUUUUUUCUUUUAUUUUUUCUUUUUUUCUGUUCAAAAGUAGUUAAUUUUUAUUUAUUUAGAGGUAGUUUUUCGGUUUUCUCCAUGGCUUCUUCGACGAGAGAUGUCGAUCGGAUCAAGGGUCCGUGGAGUCCUGAGGAAGAUGAAGCCUUGAGGAGACUGGUUCAAAACUACGGUCCUAGGAACUGGUCUCUGAUCAGCAAAUCGAUCCCUGGUCGAUCGGGGAAAUCAUGCAGGCUCCGUUGGUGUAACCAGCUUUCGCCAGAGGUCGAACACCGCCCGUUCACCUCAGACGAAGACGACACUAUAAUCAAGGCUCAUGCCCGGUUUGGAAACAAGUGGGCUACCAUCGCUCGCCUGCUCAAUGGUCGUACAGAUAACGCCAUUAAAAAUCACUGGAACUCCACGCUCAAGAGGAAAUGCUCUGUAGUGACGGAUGACUUGAACGAUGAUUCCAAUAGGCAGCAGCGGCUCAAAAGGUCUGCCAGUGUCGGCACGGGCACUAGUGUAUCGGCUCUGUACUUUAACCCGGGCAGCCCAUCUGGAUCGGAUUUGAGUGAUUCGAGCUUACCCGGUGUGGCUGCCUCACCGGUUUACAGACCCUUAGCUAGAACAGCCUCCCUCGUCCCUCCUAAUCAUCAUAUUGAGACGGCAUCAUCUACAACUGCAGAUCCGCCUACAUCACUCAGCCUCUCACUGCCCGGAUCCGAUUCGAGCGAGGUCUUGGAUCGCAGACCCUCAAAUGGGUCCAACCAAGUUUUGAACCCGACCCACGUGACAACACCUGCUCCGGCGCCGGCUGUACCUUUGCCAGUUCCGCAAGUGGUUUUGCAGAAUGGUGAAUUGGGGAUGGAAAGGCAGUUUUUCAGCGCAGAGUUUUUGGCGGUGAUGCAAGAGUUGAUCAGGAAGGAGGUGAGGAACUACAUGGCCGGAAUUGAACAGAACGGUUUCUGCAUCCAAACAGAUGCAAUCAGGAAUGCUGUGGUGAAGCGAAUUGGAAUUAGCAGGGUCGAGUAAUUUGGUAGAGAAUCAAGUGAUUAUGUUGCGUCUCAGACUCUCAGGUAAUGAUCGGACUGAGUUGACUCAGGACUGAAUCCGAGUUAGAGGGAACAAAUGCAGAGAGAAACAAAAAGAAAAAGAAAUGUUAACGAAGAAAAUCUUUAAUUUCCACCGUUUAGCUUCUCUUUUUUCAGGUUUUAGUUAAUUUAAGCUCAAAGAAAUUAAUGCUAUUGUAGUGUACAGGGAUAGAACGGGGAGGGAAUGAAAUGAAGCAGAGAAAAAGUGUUCUUAAGAGGGUUUUUGGUGAUGAAGUGAGUGGGAAAAAAAUGAGGAAGAAAUUACCAUAAAAUAUGAAAAUGAAACCCAAAAAUGAAGAAAAACAAUCUUUUCCUCCAUGAAUUGUUUUACUAAAAAAAUGGAUCUCUG